AUGACUACCAGCUCGAAAAAGAAGAAGGACAAGAAGAAGGAUUUCCAGAAACCUAAGCUGAGGGUUGGAAAGGCUGCACCAAAGGCUGCGAAUGCCACGAGCACAAGUUUCAAGGCGAAGUCAAUCUCUCUGAAGCAGCAGGCCCUUUCCGCAAUUGCUCCAACAUUAGAGGCACAAUGUGUACAUCACUUGGGCUUACUUGACCACAAGGCGGACAAGCAGCGACAGGAGUCGCUAGCCUUCCUUACUUCAGCCAUUACAGGCAUCACUCCUGGAACUCCAUUACCUCAGCCCGCGUCAGUCAUCAUUCCUGCAGUUCAGAGACUCAUUCUGGACCCCUCGAACGCUGUUCGACAGCAGUUGCUCAAGCUUCUCAAGAUCCUACCAGAGAAUGAUGUCGCCACCCAUGCAGAUCAACUUCUGCUCCACACGAGAGCAGGAAUGACGCAUCUGUCCGUACAGAUUCGGACUUUUGCCUUAGAGGUUCUCCAAUGGCUGGUUCGUGUUGCGGGCGAUGAAGUUGUCAGUUGCGCUGGCGGAUGGGUGAAGAUGCUGAAAUGCUUCCUGAGCUUGCUCAUUUGGAAGUCUGAAGGAGAAGGCAAAUGGUCUCAAGCAAAGUCAUACGGCAAGAGCGACGCAAAGCUCCAGGUGAAGCAGAUGGAUGCUCUCACAGCGUUCCUGCGAGCUGGUUUGUAUCACGCACAGGUUGUGUCGAUCUCGAACGACAGUAACUUUCCGCUUUGGCAGACAGAACACCACAUGCUGUCUGAGCGGUCGAACGUUUACGCCCAUUUGAAUCUGUUCAGCGCGACAAGAGACGAGGAAGCAGAGAUGUUCGAGGACCGCGAGGACCGACAAAGAGUGUUCAACGAUAGAGCAGAACCUGCCGUCGUCACGGGUCUUGAGCAAGCCCUGAAAGCAGGCGGUGAGAUGGGUCGCGCGGCUGCGCAGCUACGCAAAGUAGUUAGGGAUGGGAUGGCAGAUUUCCAUAGAGAAGAGAUUAUUGUCUAAGCAGGACACCAAUAUGCAAUUAU